AGCAGUUUUGGGUUUGGGGGUGGAUUAAAAUGUCGAGUAUAACGGAUGCUACAAUAAUUCAUCAUGUGGGUAUUGUGUUGCUUGCACUAUGGUUGCUUAAUUCCUUCGAUUGUUGCCACCCUUUUGCGUACUUCCUAUCGCUUAUCUAUCUCUAUAUGGUUCAUGAGCAGUAUGUGACAAAAUUAAGGAGAAAGCUACAGUUUGAGGAAAAAAGACAGUCUUGUCAGCGGCGAGUACUUUUAGACUCUGAAUCAGUGAGAUGGUUAAACUAUGCAAUUGAAAAGAUUUGGCCUCUCUGCAUGGAGGAGAUUGUUUCACAGAAAAUUCUGCUCUCUAUCAUUCCAUGGUUUCUUCAGAAGUACAAACCCUGGACUGCCAAAGAAGCUGUAGUUCAGCACCUCUAUAUGGGAAGAAGCCCACCUAUGUUCACAGAAAUGAGAGUUCUUCGUGAAUCUACUGGAGAUGAUCACUUGGUCCUGGAGUUGGGAAUGAAUUUUCGUGCUGCCGAUGACAUGAGUGCAAUUCUUGCUGUGAAACUGAGAAAAAGGUUGGGCUUUGGGAUGUGGGCGAAGUUGCAUCUGUUGGGCAUGCAUGUUGAGGGAAAGGUCUUGGUUGGGGUAAAGUUCUUAAGGAAGUGGCCAUUUCUCGGUCGUUUGCGGGUUUGCUUUGUGGAGCCUCCUUAUUUUCAGAUGACUGUGAAGCCAAUUUUCACACAUGGACUUGAUGUAACAGAACUUCCUGGAAUUGCAGGAUGGAUGGAUAAACUUCUUGCUGUUGCCUUUGAGCAGACACUUGUUGAGCCCAAUAUGCUGGUGGUGGAUGUUGAGAAGUUUGUGUCACCGCAACCAGAAAACUGGUUUUCAGUUGAUGCUAAGGAGCCCAUUGCUUUUGUGAUUUUAGAAGUUCUUGAAGCAGCUGACAUGAAGCCAUCAGAUUUAAAUGGAUUGGCUGAUCCAUAUGUUAAGGGGCACAUUGGCCUUUACAGAUUCAGGACUAAGACUAAGAAGAAGACAUUGACUCCACAGUGGCGUGAGGAGUUCAAGAUUCCAGUCUGUACAUGGGAGUCUCCUAACGACAUGCUCAAUAUCGAAGUUCGUGACAAAGACCAUUUAUAUGAUGAUACAUUGGGAAAAUGUUCCAUCAAUAUCUGUGAUUUUAGGGAUGGCCAGAGGCAUGAUAUGUGGCUGUCUCUUCAGAACAUCAAAAUGGGGAGAUUGCAUCUUGCCAUAAGUGUUAUUGACUGUGCCAAAAAGGGCGCGGAGCAGUCAUAUGAUAGCGGAAGUGUGGUCAAUGAACAGGAAAGCAAAUCUGCUGAGGUGGAUAAAACUGAACAAAGCUCCUUAACCACUGAAUCAGCUGACAAAUCUUCAAAAACUGCAGAUAAGUAUGAACCUAUUAAUAUUGAAGGUCAGCGGGAGACUGGUAUAUGGGUACACCAACCAGGGAGUGAAGUAGCACAAGUAUGGGAACCAAGAAAGGGAAAGAGCAGGGUUAUUGGCGGAGAAGUUCAUAGUGAGAAUGCUGAUUCUAAGGGAAGUCUUAAGUCAACAUCAGGCGGCUCCUCUCACUAUAAUGAAUACAGGCAUGAUGAAAGUGUUAAUGGAAGUAAGCCGGAUUCCCCAGGUCGUUUUCACAGGGGUUUACAUAAGAUCAGCUCGCUCUUCCGGAGAAGUUCAAGUAAAGAGGAUAAGUCGGUCAAUCUUGGAGAGCCUGUUUCAUCUCCACGUGUGAAUCUUAGGGCAGUUAAUGCUAAGGAUAUCGCAGUGAAGAUUAUAGUGGAUGACACCAUUUUGCCUUCAUCAUUAACAACAACACCUACAGAAGAUGGGAAAGAGAACCGUGCAGGAAAUGGGAAAAACCCCACAAAGGGGAGAGUGAGAAACAGGACAAAGAAAAUCCUUAAAAAUGCUGGCAAAUCUGUUGGUGGUGGCAUAAAGAAAGUGAUGUCCGGGAAGUCAUCAGGGAAAUCUAAAGAGGAAGUAGAAUCAUCAGAGACAGAAAGACUGAGCUCUGUGGAAUCUGAUUCUUCUGAUGCAGAGUCUCAACCUUCAUCAGUUGAUUCACCUCCAGUUGUAGCACCUUCAGUUGGCAACAGUUCCACUGCCAGCUCUGGUAUAGAGAAUUCCGACACCACAAUAAGGACCAGUGAACUGGUAGAUAGUGAAAGCAUUAAAACUCCAGAUGAGGUAGCAGCAGGGGACUCGAACGAACAUCAUGCAUUGGGUCAGUCUUCAAGUUUUGUUGUGGUUUCAAGUUAAAACUUAU